AUGGGAUCAACUAAGAAAAGAUUUAGGGGUGAUGACGGUGGUGGUGAUGGCGGUGGCGAUGGUGGGGGAAGUGAAGGUGGUAAUGGCAGUGGCAGUGGGAGAGAGGUGGUGGAGGCGGUGGUGAUGGGAGUGGCUGCGAUGGCGGUGACGGUGGGAGUGGCUGCGGCGGCAAUGAUGGUGAUGAUGCUGGUGGUGACGAUGGGGGUGAUAGUGGGGGUGAUAGUGGGGUUGGUAUUUUGGUGGUGGUGGUGGAUGGUUGGCGGUGGCAAUGGCAGUGAUGGUGAUGGUGCUAGCGGCGAUGACAAUGAUUGUGGUGGUUUUGGUGACGACAGUGGUGAUAGCCAUGAUAAGAUGGUGGUAGUAUAA